CUUUUAGGCUCGGUAAAUAAGGGAGUCAACAGUCUAGUGUAUACUAUAAAUGUCUAUGGCUCGAUCUUGCAGUACUGCCUUAAAGUGAUUCAAGACACGGAGUGAUUAUACUCCAGAAAAAGAAGAGUACUUGUGUCGGCAUUGUGUGACUUUGUGUAUUUCUGUAUCGCCUGUAUUUCUUGUCAAAAAGCUUCCAAUAGCUGCCAAAGCAUGAGUACUGACAGUGAAUAUCAGAACGCAGCCAUUAUGUCGCAAAAAAAAAGAGUACUUAUGAUUUGUUUAGGCAAUAUUUGUCGUUCUCCAAUAGCAGAAGCUGUAUUCGAAAAUGAAAUAAGCAAAAGAGGUUUGAAAAAUCAAUGGGAAGUAGAAAGCGCUGCUAUUAUGGGAUAUCAUAUAAAUAAAAUUCCAGACCAUAGGGCUUUAACUACAUUAAAAGAAAAUGGAAUUAUUAAUUAUUCUCACAGAGCACGCCAAAUUACACAGAAUGAUUUUGACAAAUUUGAUUGGAUAUUUGGUAUGGAUAAUGAGAACAUUCAAGAUUUGAAUAGUAUAAAGCCAAAAAAAUGUAAGACAAGAGUGGAACUUUUGGGAAGUUACGAUCCAAGUGGAGAAGUCAUAAUACAAGAUCCAUAUUAUGAUAAUAAUAGUGCAGGAUUUCAAAAAGCUUAUGAGCAAUGUCUGAGAAGUAUAACAGUAUUUUUGGAUAAACAUUCGGAUUAAUGGAAGGACUUACAUAAAUAUGUAUUAAUUUUAUAAUAUUUUUUAGAGAAAUGUAUUUCAAUAUAAAUUAAUAAAGUUUUAUGAUAAUUUCAAUGUUUUGUGAAAAUUAAGUGUUUUCAACAAAUAAGAGAAUUAAUUUCCGUAAUACAAAUGAAUUAAUUAUCAUUAUGUGUUUUCUUUGACAGUAAUUAUAUAUGAAAUACAUAUGAUAAACA